AAUUCCAGAGAUGGGGAGGCAACAUUGGGGAAAAUGUGGGGACAAGAUACUAGAUUUCAGAAGUGAGAAUGGGCUGAGGAAGAGCAGAACAUACAUGGCAGGCAGGAAAAUCCUUGUGGGUGACUCAAAAACAGUGGGACACGGGGUACCUAGCUUACAGACCCUGCCCAAAGCCUCUUAUUUACCAUGUUCAGUUCAGAUUGGAUUAAGGCGACAUCCUAAUCCUCCUUCCUUCCUGAAGCAGGUUUUUCUGUCUGAGUCUCUUGGGCAGGAGAGGGAGAAGGGACAGAGGUUCUUUCUUGAGUCCUGUUCCUUAAUAACCAGCUUAGAACCUAUGUCCCAAAGAAGGCAGCUUCAGUGUGACAAAACUGUGGUUUCCUUCACUAUACUCUGCUUUUACUCUACGUUAGAUGUACUGUUUCUCGUAAAAGAAUCUUGUCAGACAGCAAAAAGAGUUUGUGAAUACUUGGAUGCUCAAACCAGCAGAGCCUCAGGUCACUGAACAUCAUCUCUUCCUAUCCUGGUCAGCACAGAAUUAAUGUGAAUACCAGUUAUUGAUACUCAGCAAUGCUGUAGGCUGCCGGGUAAACUGUUACAGUUCCAUUAAUGAAAGUGGCCAAAUGAAGGAUCCUAACAUUUUCAGAGAAUCUUUUGAAAAGAACAAGUCUACUUCAAUAAAUGAAGGAGAAUAAAGAAAAUUCCAGCCCUUCAGUAACCUCAGCAAACCUGGACCACACAAAACCAUGUUGGUACUGGGAUAAGAAAGACUUGGCUCAUACACCCUCUCAGCUAGAAGGACUUGACCCAGCCACUGAGGCCCGGUACCGCCGAGAGGGGGCUCGGUUCAUCUUUGAUGUGGGCACACGUUUGGGACUACACUAUGAUACCCUGGCAACUGGAAUAAUUUAUUUUCAUCGCUUCUAUAUGUUUCAUUCCUUUAAGCAAUUUCCAAGAUAUGUAACAGGAGCUUGUUGUCUCUUUCUGGCUGGGAAAGUAGAAGAAACACCCAAAAAAUGUAAAGAUAUCAUCAAAACAGCUCGUAGUUUAUUAAAUGAUGUACAAUUUGGCCAGUUUGGAGAUGACCCAAAGGAAGAAGUAAUGGUUCUGGAGAGAAUCUUACUACAGACCAUAAAGUUUGAUUUACAGGUAGAGCAUCCAUACCAGUUCCUACUCAAAUAUGCAAAACAACUCAAAGGUGAUAAAAACAAAAUUCAAAAGUUGGUUCAAAUGGCAUGGACAUUUGUAAAUGACAGUCUCUGCACGACCUUGUCACUGCAGUGGGAACCAGAGAUCAUAGCAGUGGCAGUGAUGUAUCUCGCGGGACGUUUGUGCAAAUUUGAAAUACAAGAAUGGACCUCCAAACCCAUGUAUCGGAGAUGGUGGGAGCAGUUUGUGCAAGAUGUCCCUGUAGAUGUUCUGGAAGAUAUCUGCCACCAAAUCCUGGACCUUUACUCACAAGGAAAACAACAGAUGCCUCAUCACACGCCUCAUCAGCUGCAUCAGCCCCCAUCGCUCAACCCUACACCACAAGUGCCACCAGUGCCACCGUCACAGUCGGCUCCAGGCCCUGAACCACCGCAGCCCCCACAGAAGGACCCGCAGCCAUCAACCCAGCCGCCACCACCGCCACAGCAAGUCCAGCAGCCCAAGAAACCGUCCCCACAGCCUAGUCCCCCCCGCCAGGUGAAGCGAGCCACGGUUGUUUCUCCCAAAGAAGAGAACAAAGCAGCAGAACCACCACCACCUAAAAUUCCCAAAAUAGAGACCACUCACCCUCCAUUGCCUCCGGCCCACCCACCACCAGACCGGAAGCCUCCCCUCGCGGCUGCCUUAGGCGAGGCUGAGCCACCAGGCCCUGUGGAUGCCAGUGACCUCCCCAAAGUCCAGAUUCCUCCUCCGGCCCACCCGGCCCCUGUGCACCAGCCACCACCGCUGCCACACAGGCCACCGCCACCGCCACCCUCCAGCUACAUAACCGGGAUGUCCACCACCAGCUCCUACAUGUCUGGAGAGGGUUACCAGAGCCUGCAGUCCAUGAUGAAGACCGAGGGCCCCUCCUACAGCGCCCUGCCCCCUGCCUACGGGCCUCCAGCCCACCUGCCCUACCACCAUGUCUACCCACCCAACCCACCCCCACCACCGGUGCCCCCUCCCCCAGCCUCCUUCCCUCCACCUGCCAUCCCACCCCCAACUCCCGGGUACCCUCCACCUCCACCCACCUACAACCCCAACUUCCCGCCCCCACCCCCACGCUUGCCCCCCACCCAUGCCGUUCCACCUCACCCUCCUCCAGGCCUGGGCCUGCCUCCAGCUAGCUACCCACCUCCAUCUGUCCCCCCUGGAGGACAGCCACCUGUGCCCCCACCCAUCCCCCCACCGGGCAUGCCUCCAGUCGGGGGCCUGGGGCGCGCAGCCUGGAUGAGAUAACCUGAUGCCUUUUUUUCCCCUUUGUUUUUUUAACAAGUUUUUCUAGUUACCUUGAAGGGUAGUUGAAGUGAGGAAGCAGCAGGGUACCUGUAUAAUGCUGGGCAGUUGCAGUAUGGGAAGACAUGGACCAGGCCCGGGAGAUGGAUCAGAUGGUCCUCCAGGCCCGGAGUGGGGACAGCCCCGGCAGUGCCCAGGCCGCCCGGCUGUGCUGGUGUCGGCUGAGGGCCGCGUCCUGCACUGGGUGACUAUACUAGUGAAAAUGUUAACCAGCCAUAUUGGCUCAAUAAAUAGCUUCCGUAAGGAGUGAAUUUCCUUCUAGAAAUCAGUGCCUAUUUUUCCUGGAUACGCAGUUUUAAACAGUCCAGUUCCAUCUGAAGUCAAGCUGUCGUCAUCACUUCCAUUCCGUGUUCUCUUCCAUGACACCCAGUCGCUCAGAAGAAGCUUUUUGAUUUAGAGAUAUUUACAUCUUUGUAUUAAAGUUAUUUUGAAGGGGU